AGCGAAUAGAUGCGGAACAGGAGGAAGGAGAAAGAGAGCACAGCGGGCAUAAAUAGGUAGAGGAGGCGGACGAGAGUUGCCCUUCAUCGUUUUAGCUCAAUUUUAAAACUGUUGCGGGCCCGCUGUGUCAUUUUAUCGACUUGGACCGGGAUAUACACGGAGCCGCGGGGAAAAUGGCGCAGCCGGACAGCAAGAAGAUCUUCUUUGAGAACCUGUCGGGAGCGGGGAAAGCCAUCGCGGUGCUGACGAGCGGAGGAGAUGCUCAAGGGAUGAAUGCUGCUGUGCGUGCCGUGGUUCGAAUGGGGUUAUAUGUGGGAGCAAAAGUUUAUUUCAUACACGAGGGAUAUCAGGGCAUGGUGGACGGUGGAGAGAACAUAGAGGAAGCCACAUGGGAAAGUGUCUCCAGCAUGCUACAAGUGGGUGGGACUGUUAUCGGCAGUGCCCGCUGUAAAGAGUUUCGCACCCAUGAGGGACGCCUGAAGGCAGCUCACAACCUGGUGCAGCAUGGCAUCACCAACCUGUGCGUGAUCGGUGGAGAUGGCAGUCUGACGGGAGCUAACCUGUUCAGGGAGGAGUGGAGCGGGCUGCUGACGGAGCUGGUGGAGCAAGGUUUGAUCGAAGCCGAUGCCGUUCAGAAGUAUUCAGCCCUUCACAUCGUGGGGAUGGUCGGCUCCAUCGAUAACGACUUCUGCGGCACCGACAUGACAAUCGGCACCGACUCUGCUCUGCACAGAAUCAUCGAGGUGGUGGACGCAAUUAUGACAACCGCACAGAGUCACCAGAGAACGUUUGUGUUAGAAGUCAUGGGCAGACACUGUGGCUACCUGGCCUUGGUGAGCGCCCUGGCUUGCGGAGCAGACUGGGUGUUGAUCCCUGAGAUGCCCCCAGAAGAUGGCUGGGAGGAGAAAAUGUGUCAAAAACUGUCUGCGACCCGUUCCAGGGGCACAAGGCUGAACAUAAUCAUAGUUGCAGAGGGAGCCAUUGACAGGCAUGGGAAGCCUAUAACCUCUGGUUUAGUCAAGGAUCUUGUUGUCAAGUGCUUGGGUUUCGACACACGAGUGACAAUCCUGGGGCACGUGCAGCGAGGAGGGACGCCUUCUGCUUUUGACCGCAUCCUGGCCAGUCGUAUGGGCGUGGAGGCUGUUCUUGCCCUUCUGGAAACCACAGCGAACACGCCAGCCUGUGUUGUCUCUCUGUGCGGUAACCAGUCAGUGCGCCUGCCUCUGAUGGAGUGCGUACAGAUGACUCAAGAGGUGCAGAGGGCCAUGGACGGGAAACGGUUUGAGGAGGCUGUGAGGCUUCGUGGCAGGAGUUUUGAAAACAACCUGAGGACAUACAAACUGCUGGCUCAUCGUAAACCAGAAUCCGAACUGCCAAUUAGCAACUUCAAUGUGGCGGUGUUGAAUGUCGGCGCCCCCGCUGCAGGCAUGAAUGCUGCCGUCCGUUCUGCUGUAAGAGUGGGUAUCUCUGAGGGGCACAAGAUGUUUGCUGUCAGUGAUGGGUUUGAGGGAUUCUACAAAGGACAGAUUAAGGAGAUUAAAUGGGCUGAUGUCGGAGGAUGGACAGGACAGGGUGGCUCUCUGUUGGGAACCAAAAGAACGCUUCCUGCAAAGCAUGUUGAGAAAAUUGCUGAGCAGAUGAGAAAGCACAACAUUAACGCGCUGCUAAUUGUCGGUGGAUUCGAGGCCUUCCUGUCACUGCUGGAAUUGUUAACGGCGCGCGGGAAAUAUGACGAGUUCUGUGUGCCCAUGGUCAUGGUCCCAGCCACUGUCUCCAACAAUGUGCCGGGCUCAGACCUCAGCAUUGGCGCUGACACGGCUCUGAACGCCAUCACUACUACUUGUGACCGCAUUAAGCAGUCAGCAAGCGGAACCAAAAGGCGCGUGUUCAUCAUUGAGACUAUGGGAGGCUACUGCGGCUACCUGGCCAGUGUAGGAGGCCUGGCUGCCGGAGCUGAUGCUGCGUACAUCUAUGAGGAGCCAUUUGACAUCAGAGACCUGCAGGCCAAUGUCGAGCAUUUGACAGAGAAAAUGAAGACCAGCAUUCAAAGAGGACUGGUCCUCAGGAAUGAGAACUGUAAUGAAAACUACACCACAGACUUCAUCUACCAGCUGUACUCUGAAGAAGGGAAGGGUGUGUUUGACUCCAGGAAGAAUGUGCUGGGACACAUGCAGCAGGGUGGCGCACCGUCUCCGUUCGACCGUAACUUUGGGACCAAGAUCUCUGCCAAGGCGAUGCAGUGGGUCACCAAAAAGCUGGUGGAGACGUUCAGACACGGCCGAGUGUUCGCUAACACCGAGGACUCCUGCUGUCUGCUGGGGAUGCGUCGCAGGGCUCUGGUCUUCCAGCCCGUCGUACAGCUCAAGGACGAGACUGACUUUGUUCACAGGAUUCCUAAGGAGCAGUGGUGGCUGAAGCUGCGUCCUCUGAUGAAGAUCCUGGCCAAGUACAAGACAAGCUACGACGUGUCAGACUCCGGACAGCUGGAACAUGUAGUACGCAACCGGCCUAAAGAGUCGGACGCUUCAGUAGCCAUGUGAGGACCAGUGCAUACGCUGGCCUGCGAAGUCCAGUCUGUGUGCGAGACUGAAGGUCUGCGAGACGUCAGUGCCGUGUGUCGUAAAAGAGCUCCAGUAACAACGUCAACAACCGUCUCUGUUUGGCCUCACUGUGUUCAUUUCCUGUCUGUCACUUCCUUCGAUGUCACUCCUCUCUCUGUUUAGUCUUGACGAACCCAUGAACUGUAACCCAGCCUCUGCAGUGCUCCUGAUAUCAAACACACACACACAUGCUCUCGCACAUCCACGCAGCUGUCCUGCCAUGCAUCUGUGUGUCCGUGUUGCCCUGGAUGUUUAGUGUCACCGCUGUUUUAAAAAUUGCACUUUCUCUGAUCCCAGAGCUGCACGAGGACAGAAUAGACACUGUAUCUGCUGUACAAAAAAAAAAAAAAGAAGUUGUGAAAAAAAAAGUGUGUGUAUCAGCGUAGAGCCAGUGUAAGAUGAAGCAUAUUUAUGUGAGACUGUUGCAAUACAGUUCUACUGCUGCAAGUCAAGGGAACUGCGAGCUGUGCUUUACACUGAAACUAAUAUUUAUGUUUUUAACAUUUUAUUAUUUUUGCUCGUAAACGUAAAUUAAAUAUUAACUGUAGGCACUGCUGUACUGAGUAGAUGUCUGUCAUAUUGCACCAACAAGUUAGACGUGUACGAGAGUACUGUUUCCCACAGAAUAAAGAUCCGACUUGAGAAGUGUACCCCA